AUGGUCGACCUAAACAAUCUAACCGUUGGCUACGUGUCUGGCAUCAUCGCGGCUGCCAUUUUUGUUGUCCAGAUAUUCGUUCCCACGGCCUUGCCGAUCAUUCUUCUUGGACUCCUCACAGAGAAGAAUUUGGCGGCAACUACAACGGCAGCCGGGUGGUCUGUUGUCGGCCGGUUCCUGCAUUCCUCCCACUGGCCAUCGAUUCUCUCCGGCGACACUGCGACGACCUCAAAAGUCCCUGCGCGCGUGGUGACCAUUGGCGCCCUGAAGACUUUCUUCACCAUCUUGAUCGGUGUUGCCGCCAUUGUCACACCCCUUGGUCUAUACCAAGACAUCCUCUCGGGCCAAAAGCAAACCGCAUCGGUUUUCCAUUAUAUCGCUGAUAAAUCCGAGUUUGGCUACGGAACUCCCCCUAGGACCUACCUUCCUUGGAGUCGUAUCUGCGGAGGAAUCUACCCAGCGAAUUGCCCAAACUCGCCUCAAACCAUAACCUAUAUCAAUAAUGCCACAGGAGAAUACUGGUCAGCCAAGUAUUACGAUUCUCAUGUGCCCCAAUAUGUCAUUGAUGUAUUCCAAAGCGGCCUCUCGACCCAGGACAGAUCUGUCUCAAGCAUAUUUGACAUCCAGUCAAGAUCGUACACUUGGUCUCAAAUCAACAACAAUCCUGGGGCACUAGCACCAGACAAUGGAUCUGCGUACCCUGUUACCGCCUUCCGACAAAUUUCGACCAUGGUGUUGGAAGAUGACUAUGUUGUCAUUGAAGGCCUGGUUGUGGACAUGAAGAAUGGUGGAAUCGGCUUCAGAAAUCAUAGUGCACCACCCGUGUCGCCGUUUGGCAGCACUUGGUCUGAAGACUUGCUCUUUGUUGAGCCCGAAUCACUCUGUGUUGAUACAAACCUAACCCUGGAUUUUGCUCUCCCCAAAUACACAGCCGACAACAUUUUUAUUAACACACUUACAGAUCUGGUGCUGACAGAUCGGGGGGGCUUUGCCAAUAUCAACAAGGAAUACCCAUAUUGGGACCGGGGCGAUACACAGAAGAAUCCAGACCUCUACUUGCGCGCAUACAAGGCAGCUUGGAUCAACAAUGUGUGGUCUAUGGCUUUCAUGAACGUGACCAAUUUUGCUAAUCAAAGCGAUCCGGACUCCCAUGCCUUCGACUACCUCGACUCCUAUGUUGGAAAGACAUUCCCUCUCAUGACUGCCAAUUCAUCUGCAUUCACGGGAAUGUCAAGUUUGCUGGGUCCUGAUGUCCUCACGUCGUCCAUGUUGUAUGGAUACUAUCUAGAUGAUCUGGACCAGGGAACGGGAAUAUAUGAUAAUACCAGUUCUCUAUACAACUUUUCCUUGCCAUCCGACGUCCCAUCAGUUCCACCGCUAUAUCCAAAUCCCUUUGGAGUCUCACAAACAAACUUUUCCACUGCUGGCGCUGGUGGCCAAGAUAUUGCGAACAUCACCAAUUUUGCGGCUGCAUGUGGACUGCUUUACGGAGCGCCGCGGCGGAGAGACGGGAGUGAGUCCAUUGUUUUCGAACCCGGCUCGAAGUGGACUGUCCCUUUGUACUCGUGCAUCUCGACCUCGAAAGCUCUUAUCAAGACUGUUUCCUUCCGUUUCAAUGGAAGCGAUGAUCUCUCCGGGCUGACCGUGACCAACAUAUCUAAUAAGGUAUAUCCUAAUGAGUCUUCCAAGCCAUUGUGGGGAGUCGAGAAGACAGACAUGGUACUCGAGGACGUCAACAUCCUAUGGGGUCUCCUAUCGGGAACGGACCAGGGCAACGUGAGUGUCACCACGUUGCAGAAAGAAUUCCUUUAUCUGCCCGGCUAUGCUGGUGGUGGAGGCCAGACUCCGGCCUCUGUUGGCUAUCAGAACCUGCCGGGCGUCAAUUUCCACGUCGACGCACUCAAUACUGUCUAUGACAUCGCCUCCGCCUCGGGCAUGGACAUUACGGACUAUACCGGGAGCACGAAUCUGGCCAUGUAUAGGCUCUGGCAAGAUCUUUCUCGCAAUCCGGAAAACGCUGCCAGAAUAUUGAAUCUCAUUUGGACGGACGUGGCGGCAAAUUCGGUCGUUGGAACGAGAAGUUUGCAACCGCCGCAACAGCAAACCCUCCAGAAACGCGAUGGCAGCUCGUCGCAGGAUGAUACGACAGUGCUGGUACCGGUGACCGUGUACGAGCGACGUGUCAGGUAUCACUUGAUCUACGGUAUACCGGCGAUAAUGACAGCCUUCGGUACAUUCUGCGUCUUGAUCACCGUUCUGGUGGUUUUGUGUCUGGGCAGAGCUGGCACCACGAAGAUGCGCAGAUAUCUUGACCGGACGUCACCCGGUCGCCUUGUCACUUCACAGCCCUACACUAAGUCACCGGUGACAACAACGUCUGGCAAAGGAACAGGAAGGAGCCGGUCAACGAAGGAAUGGAUCAAGACCCAUGGUGGGAAGGAGAUCACUCUCUCCCAGGCCGAGGACGGCUCUAUUGUCAUUGAGGAACCGCAGGCGGAGUGUGCAAAGCCUUUGUUGCAAAAGAUAACUCAAUAUCCCGACAAAAGCCCUGCAGUCCCGCCUCAGCAAAGGUCCGCGGAGAGGCCCGCGGAGAGGCCCGCGGAGGGAACCCCAAGUACCCCGGACAGUGAUUAA